CAAGAGAUGCUGACGCUCUAACUCCAAUCAAAUCCCCUGGAUCUACGUAUCUUUGCCCUGAUGCAAUACGUGCUUUCAGUUCACAGCCUGGCAGGAAAGAAACAGGAUUUUUCAUUAACCGCUUGACUGUUUCGGAAUGUAACAAUUAAAAAAAAAGUCUGUAGAAGAAAAGAUUCAUCAACUGGAGGCACGGACACUGAGAAGCAAUUAACUUGAUCCACUGAUUAAUGCACAGAAACCAGGAAGGAAUUAACUGAUUUGAGAAGUAUAUUCGGUUGAUGAACUUGAUCCUUCUGUUGCAUGCUGGGGAAAGGGGGGGGGGAAAUCGAUGUAGCAGGAAUUCUUUGCCCGGGAAGAAAAUUAAUUCAGAGUUUGGAGGACUUCUGUUUCCAAUCGAAGGUCUGUUUUGCUCAGAGGUUGAAAGGGAUCUUCUUACAGGAUCUGAAGGAAUAAUAGAUCGGAAUCAGCAGGAGACGGGCCCAUUGCUGCAGGAGGAGUAAACGGAUCAAGGGAACCCAGUAGUAAAGACCAUGGCCAACAUCUCAUCUUUUGGCAAAUACACCCACGUCAUUGUCCGAUGCAUCCCUUCCUCGUUUGGUACGUUGGAGACCAUGGCGGAAGGGUCUGAUGGGGGGACUGAGCCGGUGGACCUGGCCAAGGCUCAUCGGCAAUACGGGGUCUAUACGGGCAUCCUACGCCAGAAGUUGGGGCUUCAAGUCAUCGAGCUGGCAGCGGACGAAGGCCUCCCUUGUUCAACACUAGUAGGGGAUUUGGCAGUGAUACAAGGGGACACGGCACUGCUGACUCGGCCUUGGGUGCCGUCACGACGGGAUGAGAUCAGCAGCAUCAAGAAGGUCUUGGAGGAACUAAAAUUGCGUGUCGUCGAGGUUACAGAUGAAGGAGCCACCCUGGAUGGGAGUGAUGUACUUUUCACAGGCCGAGAGUUCUUCGUGGGAAUUUCCAAGUGGACCAAUCACAGAGGAGCAGAGAUGGUUGCCGAUGCUUUCAGGGAUUUUGCUGUAUCUACCAUUCCUGUCUCAGGCACGUUGCACCUCCGUAGCUUCUGCAGUAUGGCUGGCUCUGACACAGUUGUGAUUGGCAGCAGUGACGUAGCCAAGAAAGCCAUGAAGACUAUGGAGCAGCUAACCGAUCACCACUACGAAACGCUGACUGUGCCUGAUGACCCGGCCGCCAACUGCAUCUACGCUCGGCUUGGCCAGAAGAGCAGCAUCCUUUUGCAUCGGAGUGCGGAGGAGUAUCCUAACAGCGUGCAAACUUUCCAGAAACUUCCAGACUACACCCUCAUCCCAGCAGCUUGCACUGAGGUGGCCAAACUUGGAGGGACUCUCAGUUCCUGCUCUCUUCUCAUCAACAAGAAGCUGGAGAUCUAGUGCCUAUUUGAACCCUCACGAAAAUGCAAUCCCUGAAGAGGAAUCCCUUCCCCACAGUUCCUUUGUGCAAGCGUCCCUGUUUUUCUUAGCUUCGUGAGGCAAGAAUACCACCGUCCUUCCCCAGCCGUGCUAUCUUGUUUGGCCUUAAAUUUUGCCAUUUUCCUCUUAAGAAACAACACACACAAAAAACCUAAAUUGGAUCUUAGUUUCCUUGUAGUUCCACCACUCUCAUGUUUCCUCUUUUCCUGCCACUUUGUACUCUUAGAAAGGAUUUCCAACUCUCAGUAGACUGGUGGUGAUCUUGUGUCCAGCCCUGAGGCGAAUCUUUUAACCCUGAGAAGGAAAACUAGAAGUUCUCUCUCUUCAGUCAGUGAUCAGUGCUUUGGACCAGAUUCUUUCAACAUUGUAGCCUUGUUACGGAUGCUAAAAAUGAAACACUGCUUUCUCUUUGUUACCACUAGAUUUUCUUGCGACGGGUUAUUAAAUCAGGUACCGAGAACUGCUUUUGGGUCGCCUUCCUGAGCGAUUCCGUGGGCAGCCAUCUUAAGCGAUGUUGCCUCGUGAAGUCUGCACCCAAGAUGGUGGCCAAAAUGCAUCAAAAGGGCAUUGGAAGGUCCAAAGAGCAGGAUACAUUCCCUUGACAGAGGUAGCCCUCUAUUUUUAAUUACAAAUAGCGAUCAAUGGCGGGCUGCUGGUUUGGGGUACAGGCCACUAUUACCUUGCUACAGGUCUGGGAGAUUCCAUUGUUCUGGAUAAGGGGGAUUUAGGAGGAACCCUCAUUGGGGGGCCGUGGUGAACUUUCUUGCUUGACUAAACCAUUACACCUAUAGGAAGAUUGCACAAGUAUACCACAGACCUCUCAGUCAAUAAUUAAAAAAGCAAAAACAAGACUGUUUCCUUUCCCUCAGUAACUUAGUUCUAAUCCUAAAGCAUCUUUAAAAACUAGCCUGUAUGGCUGUUCAGUCUGCCACAUACAUCUCUAUGGUGCUGCUGUUUUGGGACAAGGGAGUUCAGAGUCGGGCCUACACUCCCUCCCCCCACAUCCCAAACUCAGAAUUGCUUCCUCACUGCCACCUCAACAAAUAACUUCCACGGAUGUUCUGUGGUCAUGAAAGAGCAGCUAGAUUAAAAAAUAAAUAAAUACAGGCUUGAGGAACGCCGCUUCCUCUUACCCAAUAACACUGUGUAUGUGUUUGUGUAAUGUAGCUAGGAGGGGCGUUUGUAGGAAUGUUCUGGAAAGCGGUGGUGGUGGGGGGAGUGCCCUCUGUUUGGAAGUUAGGUGUAUUGACAGAAGUAGGACUUUUAGAUUCACUCACUGCCUCUUGAGAACCCCUUGUGGAACCAAUGAAAAUAAUAAUAAUAAUAAAAAAUAAAACCG